ACUCAGGGAGUGGGCGGCGGCGGCGCCGGAAGCAGACGCGGAGCCUCACGAGCGCAGCAAACAGGCCGCCGUGCGGGAGCUGGUCCUCACCGAGGUAGACUAUCUGCACCAUCUACAAGUGUUGACCGAAGUAUUCAUGGGCGCAGCUCUUGCCCUCCAAGCAUCCAACAAACUGAAGUUCGUCGAUAUACAGAAGCUAUUCUCAAACAUACCCGACCUUCUUCAUGCCAGCAUAGCGUUCUGGAAGGAGACGUUUAACUCAAUGGUCGCCGAUGGUCUGCAAAAUGCUGGAAGUUUUUUUGUCAAUUGAAGGUUCAAACCAGAAAUGAUGUUUGAUGGAUUUUCAAAUUUACGGAAGCUUCUGGUUCCGUAUGAGACCUACCUCACCGACCAGAGACACAUCACGGAGUACUUACGAGCACUGCAGGCUGAACAGGAGUUCACUCUCUACCUGAACUGGUGUCAUGCUUACAAAGAGUGUAACCGAUUACAGUUCAGUGACCUGCUGAUAAAACCCAUGCAGAGACUAACAAAAUACAGUCUUCUCCUUAAUAGGAUAACGACAUACUGUGGGGACUAUGAACAGAAAGAAGCCCUUGUAGCUAUGGAACAGAAUGCAAGGGAUUUCGUGGCGGAAAUCAACAGGAAGCUGCGCCAGCAAGAGGAGACGGAAAUAAUGGAGAAGUGCGCCCGCUGUAUCGAGCCCUACGAGCCGGACCACAAAGACGAGGAACUAGACUUGAUAUUUCGGAAGUUCGCGGCUGCCAACAUCAUGGGAGAGGUGCUCAAUACUCGCGGACAACAGAUCCGCUCUCUGGUGAUGGAGGGAUACUUUCGGUUUAAGGACCACACAGUCAAAGAGACGGAGGUGAAGGUGUUUCUGUUCUCGGACAUGGUGCUGGUGUGUAAGAAGCAGAAGGGCGGCGUCCCGUACAGGAUGAUCCGGCCGCGUUACUGGCUGCAGCGCCUGUCCUACCACCCGCGCCUCAACAGGGCCACCAAGCAGCUCUGCGGACUCAACUUCUUACAAGUCGAUGAAACGGGCGCGUCCAUCUCGUGCUUCUCACUUUCAGAAUCCACAAAAGACUGUCGUCCUCUCCAGACUUUUCUGGCAUGGGAUUAUAAGAUCCGGCUGGCACUAGCGACCUACGAGCUGAGUGUGUGGGCUGCUCACCACCCGGAGAGGAGCCUCAACGAUAUUCAGGCUCCCAGAGCUGGUGACCCCCUCCUCGACAGCGAGGCUCGGGAGACAGUUGCCAGCAUGCGCCGCGCCCGCCUCACCGGCUCCUUGGACGGGGCGGGGGCGGCGCCGGCCACCUGCCGACAGACCGGGUACGGGACGUCUGGCCACCAACUGUCUCCCAGCAGAGCCGAUCGCGGCUUGCACCAGGCCCCCUCCCGCGCCGUUCGCGACUCGGCCGAAUGUACAGAGGUGGUGCUACGAGACAGCGGCACAGAAACAAGCUUGCUUCAGCCUUUGUUGCGCUUCGGGCGCCCGUCAUCUCCUCAGCCGAGUUCAUCGCAGUCCCCGUCGAGUGUUAAGCCUUACUGCCUUCAAAGCCUCCCCGAUCUGACCUUUGAGCACAGCUUCGCUAACAGAAGGAGUGAGACAACAAGCAGUGAAUCGGGGGCGGGCGGGGCUCAGGGACGCCGGCAGGCUAGGAGCCGGGAGUACGAGCACACCUCCGCCGUGUGAACGGUUGAGGCGAAGAAACACAUUGGUUGGUGCCGCGCCACGAGCCGCACCUGGGACCGGCUUCUGAACACGCCGGCGACCUCACCUCACCGUCAGCAGCGUUGGGACAUCUUAUCAAUUGGACCCUAGUUCUCUCAACGGGAUAUUGCAAUGCUUUGUGUUCUCUAUUUAUUUAAUAUUUAAUAUUAAGAUAUUAUAAACGUAUGUUAAAUAGUUUCAUAAACAACUUAGAUUCCAUUUAAUGAAUUUUAUAGGUACUUGUAUUGUAACUGUAUUAAUUUCAAAUUGUUUUAAAUUCGAUUAGUACUUGUGAACUAUUUCAAUGGUAAGUAUAUUUUGUAUAGUCCUUACGUCAUAUUCGUGGAGUUCUCAUUUACUUCUGAUCUAAUUUCUCUCUGUAUGAUCCCCGCGGAGUACAAGAAUAGGGACGUGUCAGGUUCAUAGGUGUUUAAAGAGGUGAUUAAGGGCUUCUAAGUGUGGGAGAGUCACGCUGUCGCCCUACGACGAUGGCUUGAGCGGGUAGACUCCACUGGAUGAGUGAUCACACUCUCAUGGAAUACCAGCAUGAUAGAGCGGACAAAUACCGUUAUUUUUCGGUAGGUUAGUAUGGAUUAGUGUUGAGAACCGGAGCCCAGUACCGAAACGCUCCGCCAAGAUAUGACAGUGAUCCUGCUAGAUAUAAUAUCCUCGGGGAGUGUUUCCGCUUCCUGCCACGGUCGGAGCGACUUGUAGAGCGUUCUCGUAUGGGCUCACUGUCGUAUUCUGUAGAGGGUGACGGUCAUCCGGACACCCUGGUUGGCCAAUCAACGUAAACAUCAAGGAAACUUCAGAGGAAAAGGUGCCAGCUUAUACCAUAUGACCGCUAGUCUGUUUCUAGAACCUUUCUGCUCUCAACAAUUAUGGAUAGCAUCAUGAAUCGCCAGGUCUAUCUAUAACUCCUUCAGGUGAUACAUUAACGACCGAAUGACUUUCUCUUUCUCUUUUGACUAUUCUCAAUCGGUUUACGAUUUACUAAUCAAAUCAAGUGAAAAUCAAGUCUUGGCAAAGUUAAAGUACUAUAAUAAUUCAAGCCGGCCGAAAUUCCAGCGCUUUAUGAGGCGCAGAAUCGGCCAAUAUGGUUUACUUACCCAUUGCUUUCAUACCUGGUCUGGUUCACUGUAUUGACAGUUUGACCCAGUUACCUGCACGCAACGCAUCGUGUUCCGCGUGAGACGCUCACCGCCAACCACCGAAGACAAUGAAGUCACCAACAGCACGGCACUCCGCCCCUCAGCCGCCGACGUGGCACUCGACACCAACCAGACGCCAUACGCUACCGGCGUCGAUACCAGCUCUCAAAUCUCGAUCGACUGCCAAUUCCUUGGUCAUCUGGAAGGCAAUCCCUAGUUGUCUUCAAGCAAUGUAUGAGUCGUAGUCGGAGCGAGCCCCGUCUGCCGCCCGGUUAGCACGUCCCCCGGCCAGCUGUGACUGUCGGCCGGUACUCCGCGGCGCCAGUUUUCUGUGAACUGGCUUGAUCAUUGGACACGACGCACACACGUCGCGUCACGUAUGUCUCCUACGUCAUUUAUAUCGCCAUGCAUCCAAACUGGACUGUGGCUCUACAGUGCAGUUCCUUAAGGAAGUUUGUUUCGCGUGCGAACUGUGGGGUACACUUAGCUCCGCAGUGUUAGAAGGCCGAAAAAACAUGGGUUCCAUCAAACAAGAGUCCCACCAGUGAGCGAGCGGCGGUGAUCCCAGCUACCACCUGCCCACCGUGACCUUGUUCGUGCUCCAGUCACAGCAUUUCGAAUGACAUAACAGAUGACUAUGAGUUACGAGCGGGAGCGUAGAGCGCUGUCAGUGAGCAGUAAUAUGCUCGCCCGCAGGUUUGCGCGAAGCACAAAUAAUGUUAAAGUGUUAUUAAUAUUGAGUGCAUUCUGCGAGUCUUUUUAAUCGAGCGGCUUGUAGGUGUCGCAUUCGUGCGGGAAUUAUAGCGUUCUACGUGUCACAUACAAUAAUGUGUUUAGGAGGCUGUUGGGGCUACCGUGGCGUUGAAGUGCUCCUGGAACGUUUGCUGAUGCAUCUGUGGAUGUUUUGCAUGCCACAAUGGGAAAAAAAGCGGUCUCCAUGUUGCAGCGUCUACGUGUUAGCAGUAACAGCAUCCUAAAGAUGAUUUUGCCAGAGCUGACUGUUCCUUCCAGAAACUAAUAAUAUUUGACUAAUAAUACUAACAUAGUUCACAAGAAAUAUUGUUACUAUAGAGAUCUCUUGAUUUAAAUAAAUAAGUAAAAUUACUAACCAACUGUAUACAGGUAAUAUAAUAUUAUAUAAUAUAACAUACAUACUUAUACGGUAACUUACGAAAUGGUGUCUAUUAAUUACUUAAUUAUUACUUUAGCAUAUUUAUAUGUAAACAUAGAUAUCAUGACGCUCAUAGUAUACGAUGUAGAAUAAUCUAGUGUUUAGAUUUAUUUAUAUAAAAUAUAAAACAUAAAAACGGGCAGUGACACAUGGGUAAUGUUCGCAGUGUAAAUUAAAAUAACAGAUCAAAUUACAAAGUUGUGUCAAAGACUAUAAUAUUAUAACAGUACAAGUAGUAGUAGUUCUGUCUGUAAGUCAGUCGUGUGGGUGAUGCUCAUUGAUAUGUUAUAUAUUAAUAUAUUAUCUAGUUGUUAUAGUUUACCUUGGUCUAGUCAACUUUAAUGUUUGAAUGAAAUUGAUUUGUAGUCUAACAGUAAUAAUAGAAGUCUAUAUUCUCAUUUGUUCUAAUACGAGUAAGUGACGGUGCUAUAAAAGGUACUUAGAGCUUAAGUAUGAUAUACAUUUAAAAUUAAAGAUAUCUAUACAAUAUUAGAAGUUUAAGAAUGAAAUUGCUGAUGUAUACUGAAAAAAUAAAAUUCUUUUUUUAAAUUAA